GCCGCGCUCGCCCGCCCGAUUCCAACAUGGCGGCGGGGGGCGGCGGCGGCCGCGGGGCCGGCGGGGGCAGCGCCCCGCGCUGGGGCGGCGGCGGCGGCCGGGCCGCGCCGCACGAGAAGCUGCCGGUGCACGUGGAGGAUGCACUUUCCUACCUGGACCAGGUGAAGAUUCGCUUUGGCAGCGACCCUGCCACCUACAAUGGCUUCCUGGAGAUCAUGAAGGAGUUCAAGAGCCAGAGCAUUGACACACCUGGAGUCAUCCGACGUGUUUCUCAGCUUUUCCAUGAGCAUCCUGACCUCAUUGUAGGAUUCAAUGCAUUUCUUCCUCUGGGCUACAGGAUAGAAAUUCCAAAGAACGGGAAGUUAAGUAUACAGUCACCUUUGAAUAGUCAGGUGCCCCCAGAGCCCGUUCCCAGCGCGCUCCCUGGCAGUGGGCUGGUCUUGCACUACUCCCAGGAGAACUCCCACAACCACAGUGACUGCUCCGAGGAGUUCCGGCAGCAGCUUCCCUACAAAGAAGAUAAAUCCCAAAUUCCCUUGGAAUCUGAUUCCGUGGAGUUCAAUAAUGCCAUCAGUUACGUGAAUAAGAUCAAAACACGUUUCCUUGACCAUCCAGAGAUUUACAGAUCCUUUCUAGAAAUCCUUCACACUUACCAGAAAGAGCAGCUGAACACCAAGGGCCGACCCUUCCGGGGCAUGUCAGAGGAGGAAGUGUUCACUGAAGUGGCCAAUCUGUUCCGGGGACAGGAGGAUCUGCUCUCGGAGUUUGGACAGUUCCUCCCGGAGGCAAAAAGGUCUUUGUUCACAGGAAAUGGACCAUGUGAGGUGAACAGUGUCCAGAAAACUGAGCAUGAGAAGAAUCUGGAGCACAGCAAGAAGCGAUCCAGGCCGCUGCUGCUGCGUCCUGUUUCUGGCCCAGCAAAGAAGAAAAUGAAGCUGCGAGGUACCAAAGAUCUGUCAGUGGCGACAGUGGGGAAAUACGGGACACUGCAAGAGUUUUCCUUCUUUGACAAGGUGCGCAGGGUGCUUAAGAGUCAAGAGGUCUAUGAAAAUUUUCUGCGUUGUAUUGCUCUCUUCAACCAGGAGUUGGUCUCUGGCUCUGAGUUGCUCCAGCUUGUUACACCCUUUUUGGGGAAAUUCCCAGAACUCUUUGCACAGUUCAAGUCCUUCCUUGGGGUGAAAGAGCUUUCCUUUGCUUCUCCGCUGAGCGACCGCUCCGGGGAUGGAAUGAGCCGGGAAAUCGAUUACGCUUCCUGCAAACGCAUCGGAUCCAGUUACAGGGCUCUCCCAAAAACCUACCAGCAGCCAAAGUGCAGUGGGAGAACAGCCAUUUGCAAGGAGGUGUUAAAUGAUACCUGGGUUUCGUUUCCAUCCUGGUCUGAAGACUCCACUUUUGUCAGCUCCAAGAAGACUCCGUAUGAGGAGCAGCUGCACCGCUGUGAGGACGAACGCUUUGAGCUGGAUGUUGUCCUGGAGACCAAUUUAGCCACAAUCCGUGUGCUGGAGAGUGUGCAGAAAAAGCUGUCCCGCCUGACCCAGGAGGACCAGGAGAAGUUUCGCCUGGAUGAUUGUUUGGGAGGAACCUCAGAAGUGAUCCAGCGCCGGGCCAUCUAUCGCAUCUACGGUGACAAAGCUCCAGAGAUCAUCGAGAGUCUGAAGAAAAACCCAGUCACUGCUGUCCCUGUGGUUCUUAAGAGAUUGAAAGCAAAAGAGGAAGAAUGGAGGGAGGCCCAGCAGGGCUUCAACAAGAUUUGGAGGGAGCAGUAUGAGAAGGCCUAUUUGAAAUCCCUGGACCACCAGGCCGUCAACUUCAAGCAGAAUGACACCAAAGCUCUGCGCUCCAAGAGCUUGCUGAAUGAAAUUGAGAGUGUUUAUGAUGAGCAUCAGGAGCAGCAUUCGGAGGGGAGGAGUUCAUCCACGAACGAGCCUCAUCUUAUCUUCAUCUAUGAAGACAAGCAGAUUUUGGAAGAUGCAGCAUCUCUUAUCAGCUAUUAUGUGAAGAGGCAGCCCACCAUCCAGAAGGAGGAUCAGGCAACCAUCAGGCAGAUUGUGCAUCACUUCAUACCUGAGCUGUUUUUCUCUCAGCCACCUGAACACAACAUUUCUGAGGAAUCAACCGAUGACGACAGAGAAAACCACCAGGGGCAGAAUCUGGAUACUCCUGAGCUGCGGAAAAAACACGUGCCUGGGCCUCCAAGCAGUCCUUUGGAGACCAAAGCAACUUUCUGUGAUGUUACAGCUGCUGAGCCCCACAAUACCCUGGAUGAUGUUUACAGCCUCUUCUUUGUCAAUAAUAAUUGGUAUUUCUUCCUGCGCCUUCACCAGACUCUGUGCUCCAGGCUCCUAAAGAUUUAUCGCCAGGCCCAGAAGCAGCUUCUGGAAUAUCGAACUGAGAAGGAGAGAGAGAAGCUCCUCUGUGAAGGGAGGAAAGAAAAAACUAAUGAUCCAGCCAUGGAGCUAAGACUGAAGCAACCAAGUGAGGUGGAGCUGGAGGAAUACUACCCAGCCUUCCUGGACAUGGUGAGGAGCCUGCUGGACGGGAACAUCGACCCCACGCAGUACGAGGACACCCUGAGGGAGAUGUUCACCAUCCACGCCUACAUCGGCUUCACCAUGGACAAGCUGGUGCAGAACAUCGUGCGCCAGCUUCACCAUCUAGUGAGCGAUGACAUCUGCUUGAAGGUGGUUGAGCUCUACCUGAACGAGAGGAAGCGAGGAGCUGCUGGGGGUAAUUUGUCAUCCCGCUGUGUCCGGGCAGCAAAGGAGACCAGCUACCAGUGGAAGGCUGAACGGUGCAUGGCAGAUGAGAACUGCUUCAAGGUGAUGUUUCUCCAGAGGAAAGGACAGGUGAUCAUGACCAUAGAGCUGCUGGAUACAGAAGAGACCCAGACAGAAGAUCCUGUGGAGGUCCAGCACCUGGCGAACUACAUGGAGCAGUACGUUGGGGUGGAAGGAGCUCCCAACAACCAGAACGAUGGCUUCCUCCUGAAACCGGUCUUUCUGCAGAGAAACCUGAAGAAGUUUCGCAAGUGGCAGUGCAAGCAGGUGAGGGCCCUGCGCAGCGAGGUGAAGAGCUCCUGGAAGCGGCUGAUCGGGGUGGAGAGCGCCUGCAAUGUCGACUGUCGCUUCAAGCUCAACACCCACAAGAUGAUGUUCAUCAUGAACUCUGAGGAUUACAUGUACAGGAGGGGAGCUCUCUGCAGAGCCAAGCAGGUCCAGCCCGUGGUGCUGCUCAAGCAUCACCAGCAGUUCGAGGAGUGGCACAACCGGUGGCUGGAGGAGAACGUGUCCAUGGAGGCCGUGGAUGUGGUUCAAGACUGGCUGAUGGGGGAUGAGGAUGAGGAGAUGGUGCCCUGCAAAACCACCUGUGAGACAGUGAAUGUCCACGGGGUGCCAGUGAACAGAUACAGAGUCCAGUACAGCCGCCGUCCCGCUUCACCCUGAGCACCCAGACGAGGCAGAGCUUUGCUGGUGAAGCACAUUUACUAUGACAAUAGUGGUGGGAAUGCAAUGUAUGUAUUAAUGAUAUUUAUCCAAACAGCAUUUUACUUUGGAUUAUCAUGUAUUUUCCAUAUGGCAUAGACUUGUCUCCUUGCAGUGUAAUCCUCCAGCCAUCAUGAAGAGACUUUUAAAAGCUUUUAUGGGAAGGGGGCUCUUGGCAUUGCCACACACUUUUCAGUAGUUUCCUGGCUUUAGGCCACUGCUGACCAGCUCAGUGAGGGGGUGAACUACCACUAGUGGCUUUGUUGGAGAGGUGGAGCUGGGCUGGUGUUUGAGCAGAUGCUGGCAGCUGCUUCCACUUUGAAGGGUUUAAUACUCCCUAUCUUCCUGACUUUGUGCCGUCUUGGAGCCUGCAGAACUCUUCACUCUACCCUGGGAGUGCCAGCGGGGCCGAGAGCUCCCGGCACAGGGGGGCUUCGUUAUCCCUGUGAACCAACAAGACAACAAAGGACUCUUGUUCCUGGUGCUCUGGUGAGAAAAAUGCCAAAACUGACACGGGGAUGGCCAGCACUCAAGGCUCUGAUGCUCCCUCAUCAAGCAAGUGUUCUGGGGCAUGAGCUGAGGGGAAGAGCCCUGAGCUGUGCUGCUGGGACGGGAGCGAUGCCCAGCCCCAGAUCCCCCAGCCACGCUGCUUUGGGAGUUGAGGACCUGCUGCACACUCUGCCUUCCAGAAUAUCCAUGGGGAGGAACAUCCAUGGGGAGGAACAUCCAUGGGGAGGAACAUCCAUGGGGAGGAAUGUCCAUUGCGAGGUCUGGCCUGGUUUUUGGCUUUGUGUUUUGCAUGUUGGUGGGCAGCUCCGGAGCUGGGCGUUUCCCUGCUCACGGCCGGCCCCCGGCGCUCCGCGGGGCUGCAGCUCGGCGGUGACAGCGGCAGAUGGAGCUCCCGGAGCACAGCUGGGAGCUGAGCUCCGACCCACGGACCCUCCUGUUUCUGCUGGGUCAGCACAGGCGCUGGGUUUGCAGGGACACACGGAAAUCUGCGAGGAGCAGAGUGAGAUCCAGCCACAACCAUCCCAGAUGAGCUUUUCCACCGAAGCAUCUGUACUGCUAUCAAAGCUGUUUUUGCCAUGAAACCCAACACAUCCUGCCCUGAUCCGUGCAGAACACUACACCUGACUUAAUCUAGUGAGAAAUCGAGGAAACUUACUCGUGUCUGUCCUGCAGCCCCAUUGUGACUUCACUCCUGAUUUUCAGGGGCCAAGGGCAAGCACACUGUCCGUGGAGUGUAUUACAAACAUUACAUUUUGAGGCAUACCCAGCCUCCUUUCAGCUUUGCUUCCAACUUUUCCCUGGCUUUUGGGGCAAUACCCCCCCACCCCCCAAACUUUUUGUGGCUUUGAUUUCUAGGUUAUGAUUUCUGCCAGACCUAAGGAGCAGCCUGUAGGAUUUGUCCUGGGUUAUUUCCACUGUAUGACAUUUGGUUUCGCAAUUGUCUCACUUGACAGUAGAAAAAUUGGCCUUUGGGGUACAUUUAAUAGAAAACUGUCCCAAGUCUUUGUCUUUUUUGCAAAAUAAUCUGUGGGAGGGAAGGAGGGAGGCCACUCUCUGGCAUUUGUGGCCACUUGCACAACCACUGCCAGCAGAGACAUUUCAUCAAGAGCCCGUGUUCUCCUCAGCUGGGUCUCUGCUAAACUUUGGUUCCUGAAAUGAGCUGAAGGUUCUUCCCCUGCCCUCGUUGCAGUGAUAAGAGACCACGUGGCUCUGCAAGGGCUGGGGGGAGCAGGGGGACAAGCCCAGUGCAAAGCACAGUGUCCCCCUUUCCCUUCCAGCCAGCUCACCAAAACACGCCUCAGUCCUGCUCACCUCUCUGCUGUCUCCCAGUGGAGAUGACAAUUGUGCCAAAUUUUAUGGUUUUAUGAUACAGAGAACUGUUUACUAGAAAAUAGGUGGCAACUUGUGGCUUAAAAUGCGUUUGAUUCCUGGUGUACCAAGGUGGGAACACCCCUGGGCACCGUCCUGUUCCAUCAACCCAUUCUAAGUGUACUUCAGGUAUUUUUAAGCAUCCUUAUUUUGUAAACCUUAAUUUAUAAUCUGAACUGAUUAAGCAAGACUUUUGCCCUUUACAGUGCUAUUGUCUCAAAGCUGAGAGUAGCAAGGGAUGUGAAGGGAAGAUCAGGCAGGUUUGAGAGGGGCUUGUUCAUGUCUGAGGGUUUCAGCUGUGUAUCUGCACGACCUUGAGUCAAGAGUUUGUUCUUCCAUUUGUUUGAAGGAUCUUUGCUUUUGGGCUUGUAAUUGCUUUGCCAGCUCCUUGAAUGUAGUUUUUUUUUAUAUUUAUUUGCACAUUCAAGUAAAAUAAAAUAUUGAUUUUAAAAGUC